AUGCUUCACUCCCUCUACUUAAAUAGACGCUGUGUGGAAUCGAACGACAAGAACGAGGAUGGGGAGGUUCCCGCCUUACGAAUGCGCGGGUAUUACGACGACCGCACGAUCGGCGCGUCGAUCCUGAAGGGCGGAAAGGCGGUGCGCACGUGGAUCAAGGAGCUGGGCAUUAUGUGGAUCGACGCGGCGGGGGUGAAGCACUCGUUCCGCAUGGCGGCGCGCGACGGCAAGGAGAUGGCGCGCGGCGCGGGGUACAUGGGGGAGAUGGAGUUCGACGGCAAGGCGCUGCCGCAGCUGUCCGUGGGCAGCAAGUACGCGCUGCCCGGCGGGCUGACGUUGGCGUUCACGGGGUACGAGAAGCAGGGCGGCGGGUUCUUCGACAUGGACGCGUACUCGCUGGAGGUGGAGGGGCUGAUCAAGCUGGACGUGAAGCUGCGGCCCGCGCACCCGCUGCUGCAGACGGACGCGGACGCGCAGACGCACAUCAACCUGCACUUCGCCAACGUGGAGCGCACCCCCGCCAUGCACGGCGUCAUGGGACAGACGUACCGCGAGGGCCGGCGGAAACGCGCGUUGGAGUACACGUCGCUGUCGGUGCUGCUGCGGCGGUCGUUCGCGGCGGACGGCGUGGAGGGCCGAGGGUACCUGGACGGCGAGGUGAAGGACUACCGGACGUCCAGCGUCAUGUCCACCGACUGCCUCUACACCGCGUUCGACGGCCACACGCUACCACCCAUCAACGAGGCCAACGGCGUGAUCCGGGCGUAG